CUUGAAACCUUUUUGACGGUUGACGGUAAAAAUACAAUACUUUUUUCGACAGCUGACGGUUAACCCUAUUAACACCCUCAUGUAUGAAUCAUUAUAGGUGUCUGUGAAACUGCCCACCUACCCUUCCCCUAAACCAACAUUAACACUUACUUCUCACUUAGGGCAGAAUGUUGGCUUAAGGGAGGGAUAGGUGGGCAGUUUCCCAGAAACUUAUAAUGUAGUACUCAUAGAUUUCUGUCGCCACCUGCAGCACCAACGCCCGUAGAUGGAGGUUUGUCUCAAUGGAGUUCAUGGAGUCAGUGCUCCUGUAAUCAGGUCACAACCAGGACUAGAAGCUGCACCAAUCCCGCUCCAGCAUUUGGAGGGAAACCAUGCGAAGGGCAUAAAAAGGAAGAUCAGUUUUGUAGUAAUACUAAUUGCCGUAAGUAUGGAACUUUCUUAGAUUUAUAUGUUCAGGAAUCGUGUUAUACUGUUAAUUGGCAUUAUUAUACAUUGUACUGAUCAUCUUUCUUCUCAUUGGUUAAGAGCCUGCAGUUUAUUAGGAAAGCAGCGCAACCAACAGAUUAGUUAGUUAUCUGCUAGCAGAUAACUGACUUAUAUUUAGGUUUAGCGCGCAAUACAUGAUUUCCAAGAGCAAUGUAAGACUUUGUUCAUGUAAUGGUGUGGGUGUGUGCCGUUAUUUCAAAACAACGUAUAAUAAAACAAUAUUAGAUUCAGUUUUUGUGAUAUCCGCAAUAAUCAAGGGCUCGGUUGUUAUCAGCCUCAGCCUUCGGCUUAACUGACGACACUUACCUCGACCUUCAUUAUUGUGAAUAUCACAAAAACCUCAUCCAAUUAUUGUUCAUUGCAAAGGUAAACAUUUGGCCGUGACCGUGACAUCAAGUCAUAUCAUAAUGAAGUUAGUGUAUUCGAAGUUGUUACGAUGAAUGCGUAAGACACCUUGUUUCUUUAUAGUCUCCUUUUGUCUCGUCACGCAACGCUUCUCCCCACAAAAAUGGCUGCGUGGGAGACUAGUAUUAAAUUUUCGCAACCUUGAAAUAUCAGCAAUUUGUUGUUGAUGGUCAAGAGGCAAUGUUGACCAACACCAGCAACAAACAAAGGCAUGUCCUAAACGCAUGGACUUACAAUAAUGAUUUGACAUUAUAACACUCAAAGACCUGUUCCAGGUUCCAAGUUACUGAGGAAAGUUGCCCGAAAGCAAGAGUAGUGGAGCCUAUAAGCAUUGUUUUCAAUACCUCUUAGGGUAUACCAUACCUGGUACACCCUAUGAUUGGUCAAUUUUGACUGUUUACUUCAACACGUACGCCAAUCAUUUGCUGUCCUGCUCCCAGAUUCUAACAAACAUGUCGAGCAUGUGAAACCCUCCUACACCGCCCUUUUCGACGUUUUGACAUUUGAAAUUUUGUCACAAGAAACGGUUUUUCAAGAAGUGGGCGUAUUUGAGUAUUUGAAAAGAUGGUUAAAGGCUGCCUCCUUCUUGCUUCCUACCUUUUUUGGCUAAUUCGCUAUUUUACUGCUUGCUCGCUUUUUUCCUCGUGCGCACUGACCAAAAGUCUGGCACAGGCUUGGGACUCACAUCCUUUCUGGUUCUAAUAGUGGUCUCUUUUUUUUUACGUUGUAGCACCAAACUGGUCAAACUGGAACAGUUGGACUCCCUGUAGUGCAACUUGUGGAAGAGGUACAAGGACUCGAGCGCGCGUGUGCAACAAUCCUCCGCCACCACCUGGUGGUAACGCGUACUGUGUUGGAUUACCAGUUGAGGCAGAAGGGUGCACGGUUCGCGAUUGUCCAAGUAAGCCUCGAUGCACUGUAAUAUAUAGAUUUACCCAAGGCUAACAGCGAAUCUGCCGUUAGUGAAUUCAUAAUAUUAUUUACUUCAAACAGUAAACUUGUAGCCAUCGCAAAGAAAUCCAUUUAGAGUUCAGCCUGCGAUCAGUUGAAAACUAGUAACUAGUCAGCGAAUAACUUCAAAAAACGGGCCAAAUCGAUAUGCGAUAUGCGAUAUGAUCACAUUUUACUAGUCUGAGGAUGUGCUGUUUAGACAGUUGUCAAUUGACCACAACCUGGAUGUGCAAUUUCAUCACCAUCAUCAUCAGCAUCAUCAUCAUCAAAUUUCUCCUUGUAAUAUCAAUUCUUUGGAAACAUAUUGGUAAUGGGAAUUAAGGAAACGAUCAUGAAGAUGACUCUAAUUGAUACUUCAAAAAUUCCUCUCACAACUUCUAAAGAAAACCUAUAGGUACAACAAAUAAUGAGAAUCUGAAUUUUGAUGUAAGGGUGUAAAGAGUUAAUAACUGAACACUAAGGGUAUUAACACAGUUCCGAAGCUUUUUGUCGCCAAAGGAUUUCGCUCGCAGACAAAAAAGGAGGCAAUUAAGUCAAGCAGUACAAAACAAUCUACAAAAUGUCAUUGUUGUCACAUUUCCUCUUUUGUGAAGGAGAAAAACAACCUAACCGUUUCAAAACCAUUUCAGUUGGUUAACCUGACCAAUACUCAACUAACCGAGCCUUUUUUUUAUUUUAGCGACGUCACCUCCAACUACAACAUUACCACAAACCACAACGCCACUUCCUGAAACGACUAAACCCCCAAGCACUACAGCGUCGCCAAAUACUACAACAUCUUCUGCCCCAACCACAGGUAAUGAUUAUAAUAACCUCAGAUACUGCCACUAUCACCACAGACGUCCCAAAUUCACGUGAGCGCACGUUAAAAAUUAACACAUCUGCUAACAAUGCAUGCUUAACGUAACGUUUUAUAGGAUAAAAAAGGGAAAAAUAGGCAGGGCAGCAAAACCAGCCCAAACGCUUUUUAAAACGACACAGGAACACAAAAUACAGCAAGAGGUAACUUCAUUUUAAUUCUUUCUUAUAAGAUAAGGUAAGAUAAUACGACAUUUGUUUCCCAUUUGUUAUUUUUCCAUAUAAACCCUGUAAAACGCAGAUGUAUUAAUUUUUAACAUGCGCUCACUAUUGAGUUUGGAAGCCUGUGCUACCACGUAAUGACAACAACAACAACAUUUUUGACACACUCCCUUGAAUGGAGUAUGCUUCAGAAUCGCAAAAACCCAGAGUCUUCACACUACCUAGGCAAAGGUUAGGUCUUUGUUGUUUUUCCUGUGAAGGGUGCAGCAUUAUCUAAAGAGAGGGGAAGAGGAUUGGUCGUCAAAAAAAAAAAAAAAGAACAUUGUAGGAACCGUCUGGGGAUAUUAGAAUAAUAUCAGUUUCUUGUGUUUCUUGCUACAGGAGUCGGGAAUUACACCACUGCUGCUCCAACGACAAGGCCUACUCCAACUCCUACAGCAGGUUAGUGUUUCAUUGCUCUUCUUUGCUUAUAAUUAGACCUCCAAAGUAGAUUUGAAAAGCUCUAAUGGAUAACCACUAAUAGGUGUCUUGAGCUAUUCUUUCAUUUUACAAAAGCACGGAAAAUAAAGACAUUAACGGGUAAAUACCAUUUAACUUAUGAUUAUUGGACGAGGUUGAGAAAAGUAUCGUAUAUAAUUUGUCAGUGGUGAGCAGAUCAAGUAUGGCAGAGGCAAAUAGUGGAUCUGCGAUACACUGACAAAUCACGAUAUUUUGCAAUAACCGAGAUUUUUCGCCAAGAAGAAGCAAAGCGUAGUUUUAUUUUACGCAUGAGCGGAAAAUUAUUUGCAGCCAAACACAGUUGGACGACAUUGCGCAUGAGCAGACCAUUAUUUGUAGGCAGCUUUUGCAGGUCACGCGGUGGGCUUUUGGCCAAUGAAAAGGAAGAAAAAUUUGCAUUAAAUGAUAAUGCCAAUUAUUUAUUUAUUUUUGAGGAAGGGAAUUGUGUUUUUCUUUCAGGUUAUUUAUAAUGUUCCGUUCCAGAUGAUCUAUCACUCUUUAUCACGAGAAAUUUUGAUGAAAUUGCGUAACAUGUUUUGGAGCUUUAACAUUUUCGCAUAAAUGGCAAAUGUUUCCACUGAAAGGCAGAAUUAACCCUUUAAGCUCUAAGAGUGAUCAGCAUCAAAUUUCUCCUUGUAAUAUCAAUGCUUUGUAAAACAGAGUGGCCAUGAGAAUUAAGGAAAUGAUCACACAAAAUGAACCUGUUUGAUAUUUUAUCAACUUCUCCCCAUGACUUCUGCAGGAAAUGAAUAGGGACAACAAAUGAGAAUUCAAAUUUUGAUCCCAGGGUUUAAAGAAUUAAGCUAAACAAGGUACAUUUAUAAAAUGAUAUAUGUCUUCCUUCUAACCAUUUAUGCUUUCCUCUGUUUUACUGUUUGUUUCAGGAAUCAACCGCACAUACAUCGACAUCGUAUUUACACUCAUUGCCUCAUCUGAUUUUUCAAACGAAACGUACGCUCUAAUGGAAACCACUGCAAAACAAUUCAUUGAAGAAUAUGAAUAUGUGAACCAUUACGUCAUUGCCUACGUUGAUGGGGUGUUGAAAAUGGUCAAUUUCAGUUUCGGUGCCAAUGAAUCCAAUGCUGCCGCUAGGCGCGCCCGACGAGCAGUGGGUGCGUCGGAACCUUUGAUCACUGUUCUAAAAGAAGCUCUUGUUGUCUUUCAAAAUAACUCUUUGGGCGAUUCCAACAAUCGGAAGGCCUUAGUUGUUAUGACAGACAUAAGUUCUUCUGCCGAUAAGAACAGCCUUGAAAAGGCAGUGAGACCUAUAGAGGAAAGUGGAAUUCUGGUGAUUUCUGUGCCGAUUGGAGCAGUGGAUAGGAAGGAAUUGCUUGUCAUCUCGCCUAAUCCUCUGGAUGUUAUAUCCGUUGAUAGGAACAUACUGCCUCUCCCGUUGGCCCAACGUAUCGGGGAGAGAAUAAUACGUAAGAAUCAUUUUCUUUUCAAAAAAAUAUAAUUUCUCAAUUUAUCUGUCGUUAAUUGAAAGACAUGUGAGUAUUUUACCAAUCGGAUACACUUUAAAUGUCAUGACACGAAGUUUAAGAGAGAAAUGCUCUUACGUCAAACCUUUUCUCGUCACGGGUUUCCAGUAGCUCAGUGAUUAUGGUGUGCCGGAAACUUACGCCAACUCCCGCUAGAGUUGAAUUGCGCCUGGGGGCCCUGUAGUCCCCAUGGUUAAGUCCCCGGCAAUACAGGUAUCCUUGUCAAUAGCAGAAAGCCAGGAGACUUCAUUGAAAGUAAACUGCAGUAACUCAAUGCUGCAAAAUGUUUACGUUUCAUAUUCUGACAAGUGUGAAGUCGAUUUGAGUAUGCUAUCGUUGACAAAGUUAACACCAUUUCCUGUCCCGAUUCUUAGGUAACAUCCCAGAGAUUGAUGUUGGCUUUGCCAUAUCUGUUAGCUCCGUUGAAUCAACGGUCAUAUACGAUGUGAUGGUCAAAGCAUCCAGAACCAUAAACGAGCGGUAUAGAGACUUCAGGGUCCGCUUCAACAUCAUUGUGUACGGAACUAAAAAAACAACAAGAUUAAGCGAAUUUUUCAACACGCUUCUCAGUCAUAAUGACCUCAUAACUUCCGUGAGAAAUCUGACAGACGUUUCUUCAUCAGCUCUUCAAGAAAAGUUGCGAGAGGCUGAGAAUCUUUUCAGAUCAACCGGAAGGCCGUUCGCGAAGAGGGUUUUCGUCCCCAUCACAGACGCCGGAAAUGGCAAUGAAAUUAUAACUGCAAGUAAUAUAUUGAGAUCUCACGGCAUUGUGCUUUUGUCCCUAAACGAAAAUGUGGAUCAACUUAGUUCAGUGACAAUCAGCCAUGUUGAUAAUCUUGGAACGCCAAACGCAACCACUGACAGAAGAGUAGUCAUCGCGGAGGCAAUCAUAUAUCAAGCAUUACGAGGUAUGGUGAAUUAUAACUCUCAUUGCAUGCCUAGCUGAUAAGAAAAUAGUCUAUCUAGAAAUUGCAACUUCCAAACUAAAUCUAUCUGCUAAGGUUCAUUUUGGCCUGGCGGCAACUACAUCCUAAGCUUUGAACAAUUCCUUGGCACCAAUCUCUUUUUGUUUGCAUAAAAUUCUUUUUGCGGUUUUCAAGCUCACCUAUCGAAAUAGAGUGGCGCAUGAAGGUAGCGGCGCAUUCUUAAAAAAAAAUCACAAGACCUCGCCCAGUUUAGGCAUAAACGUAAAAUUAGCAACUGCUCUACUUAGAAGAGGUAUUUUCGUUAACUAGAGUGAAGAAGGGUAGUGCUGGAACCACCUACAUGGUAUUCCACAAAGUGCUAAUCUACGAGUGGUAUUCGCCUUAUGAAGAGUCAAAGAAAAUGAAUGAAGAACUAAGCUCCAUUUCCGCCGCUCUCCGCUCGGUUCGGGGGAGGGGCGCGGUCUCAUUUCCCGAACAACGGCUGGUAAUGGAGCCUACUAAAGAACGUAAGGCAGAGAAAUAUGCAUGCACAGUGAUAACUGUGCUUAGGAAAACUACCUUUUCUAUUUUUUAUAUUCAUCUAUGUAAUUUAACGUUAUUAUUUCUCACUUUCAUUUUCAGUCAACAUUCCAGAGUUAGAUGUGACAUUCGCUCUGAGUGCCACCUCUAUUAAUUCCAGCGCUACGUUUACCCGGAUGAAAACAACCAUAAUUGAUUUCAUACGGCAAUAUGGUAUAAACAGAAUUCAUUACAGUGCUAUUGUCUUUGGCAGUGGUAUUGCAUCCACCGGUUUUGACUUUGCCACGCAAAUACCAGACCAAGAUGAACUCAUCCGUAGAGUGAUACGGCUGAAAAGCAACAGUGGAGGUCCAAAUCUUGCGCAGGGUUUGAAAGAGGCAAAGCGAAUUUUCAACCUUCAACAGGUACGGCCAAACGCUAGACGCAUCCUCGUGGUGAUCAUGGAUAACGCGAGUGUAAAUAGGAGAAAAGACCUCGCUCCAGUAGUCCACGCAUUGGUCAACAACACCGUUUUUAUUGCCGCUGUCGGAAUUGGACCUUCAGUCAAUCCAACUGAUUUGAACAUACUCACAAGAGAAGAGCGCCACACUCUCCAAGUGGGGAUCAACAAAGCGCCUGGUGAACUGAGGGAGGAGAUUAUGAAGAUCAUUGAACAUGGACUUAGAAGUAAGUGAAAACGCUUAGUUCACGCUGGGAAAAAAAGUGCUAAGAAUCGGCCACAAAAUGUGUCCAAAGUUUGUUUAAAAAUAUCCCUGGAAUGUUACAAAUAUCUCUUAAACCAUAGAAGAUAAUGAGUUGAGACUUUCACUUUGUAUUUGUCUUAAGUUUUUCUUUCAAAUUCUCCAUUUUUUGGGUUAGUACUGCGCAUGACCAAAAAGCCCAUUUCGUGACGUCAUCAGUUGUGACGUCACGAAAAUGAAAUUUGAGAUUUCAAGUCGGACAAGUUCUUCAUUUUUUAAAAAAAAGUAAACAAGUAUUGUUAAAUUUGUACCAAAUGCAAAUUUAUUUUCAGCGGCUGGUUUUUCACUGUGGUCAUGGUGGAGUGCAUGCUCUAAGACUUGUGGCUCAUUUGGCGUGGCCGGGACACAAGAACGCACUCGAAUCUGCAUAAAGAGAAUACUGGGAUGUGAAGGACAAAUUCGCGAAACAAGAACAUGCAACCCACAGGCUUGUCAAGGUAAGGAAAGCCCUUAUGGGGUGACCUGGAGUAAAACACGAGGAGGAGUGUUUCUUCUAAUUAUACAAAAUAAGAAAUUAAAGGAAAAUGGGACCUAAACAAUCAUAGGCGGUCACCAAUAUCGUGCACGUCGCCUAAUCCACUGAACACUUUUGUUUUCAGCUUGUGGAGAAAGAGUCCUUCCAGACAACAGUUACCAGGCAUCAAGCAACUUUGGAGACGCUUCGCUAGCCCGCCUUAAUUCCUCUAAUCCUAAAGGAUCUCUUAGCGCAUGGUGCAGAGGUGUUAAUGAUCCUGUGGGGUUUAUUCAGCUAAACUUAGGUAAAAACCAAUUUUUUAGCAGAUAUAUUUCUAGCUACGUAGCAUUAGGUACCCUGCCAACGAAGGGUCGUCGCCUCUCUCUACGACGCUCUUCGUUUGCAAAGGAUCUUCGUUUGCAGGUCAUUAGAUUUGAGAAUAGUGGAAUAUAGCAAAGGGAAGUUAUCAGUAGCGUCAAAGUUAAUUUCCUCGCUUUAAAAGUGACAAUACAUCAUGCAAACCAUUCUUUUUUUUAAAAAAAUGUAAAAUUAAAAGGGAAAGAGGGGUGCCGAUUAAAAGAACGCAUCCGUAGACAAUACAAGCUGAUAGGGCAUUUCUGCCUUUAUUUUCCGGUAAGGCUCGUUUUAACAUAAAAUUAUUCAAAACACCAUAAUUGCAAUUGCAGGAGAGCUGGUAAAUGUUUCUCUGGUUGCUACCAAAGGCCAAGAAUUACCAGGUGCAGAGCACUGGGUGGAGAGUUUUUUCCUUUCAGUAAGCCCAAAGGGUUUCAGCUAUCAGAACUAUACAGAAGGGGGAGUGCUGAAGGUGAGAAAUAGAUUAUAGUCGAAGAAAAAAGGUGAAAAGGUAAAGGCGCACAAGAGCCAAAGGCCCAAAUGGCCUGGAUUAUCCCGGUUUCCUUAGCAUGAAGCAUGCCUAAGAGUAUUGCUACUCCCCCUGGACGGGAUUCUAGUCUAUAUCAGGAUUACCCUCCCCUCCCCCCCCACCACCCCCACCCAGCAGUAUGUCGGCGGUACCAAUUUAUACACCUGGGUCAAGAGAGACAAAGUGGAGUAAAAUUUCUUGUGUAAGGAUACAAUGCGACUGGCAGGGCUUGAAUCCCGGGCCUCCAGAUCCGGAAUAGCAGGUUUUAAACGCUCGGCCACACACACCUCCACAGAUAAAUAAUAUGCUAAUAAAUAACUUGCUGAUUAAGGUACAUGAAUAACUGGAAAAGUCACGGGUCAAAAUUCGUUCUGUACUAGACUGUUGUGCACGAUGUUCGAUGGUGAAAAAAGUGAUUAAGGAUACCGUCGAUCUCUGAUUAUCCGCAAGACCCUCAGAAACUGGAUGUUACUGCUUAAUGUUUUGAGAUAAGGGGAAAAAGUUAUGUAUCCCUUUAGAAAACCUAACCAAAAAGGAAAAUUAUUAAAGAAUUGAUGGAGCCUAAGAAUUUCGUAUAAUGACAAAUGCUUUAAUUCGAAAUUGUAAUCUAGAAUCAAUCAAUCAGAAGAGAUCGACGACUAGCCAUUAAUACUAUUAUAACUAUUACUUAUAUUUUAGAUUUUCACUGGAAGUGUCGAUCCAACUGAGGUGAAGUUUAACAAACUCAACAUGACAGAUCCCGUGCAAUACGUUCGAUUUCAUCCUGUUAAGUCCAGAGAAAUGCCUUGUAUGCAAGCGUCCGUCUUUGGCUGCACCGUAGGUAAGCGAGAAGCAUUUUCUUGUUUAAUGUUUUGCCGCAUGUAAGGGAAACGGAAUUGCGGAAUCAGGAAAAAUCAGGAAUCCUGGGCUUGGGAAUCCGGAAUGUAGCUGAAGGAAUCCGGAAUCCCACUAACGAUUGGAGUCCAGCAUCCAAGUUCCACUGACAAAGACUAAAAUCCAGUACCUGGAAUCCGGAGUCAACUACGUGGAUUCCCUUAUCUGGGGCGAAAUGUUGAUUCUAGUUGUAUGAUAAUGUUCCAGUUGACUGGAAUUUCAGCAUAUCAGCAAAGCAAAAAGCCAAUCCUUUAAUCGUGUUCAUAAAGUCAAACCUCCCAUUAUCAUAUUCCUUGAGAGGACUCUCUUGUUUAAUAUACAAAUAAAUCACAUGAGACAGAUUCUGCUAAUCAGGAGGCAUUUGAUUACUGGACCGAGAUAGAUCUGUGUCUAAUGGCAUUUUCUCCAGACACUCGUCUUGAUAACACCGUGCGAAAAAAACAAACAAACAAACAAACAAACAAAAAAAACCCACUUUUUUUGAGUGCCAAUGUAUUUAGCACGAAAGCACCAAUUGAGGACGUUAUUUUUUUUUACGACUCUUUGUAGAAGACGGGACUACCAUUAUACGUCCAGCCGUUUGCAGGGCAUUUGAAGUACCUUCAUUUCUCAGUUCUUUUAGCACCCAGAGUAUUGAAGUAUUGAUCUGGCCUUGGGAAUCGAACCCGAUGACCUUCCGCUCUCUCCAGUCAAGCGCCCUUCCGACUGAGCUAAUCCUUCCGCGAUAAAAAGCGAGUUUUCGAGAAUGCGAGUUUUAACCUGAGAAAACAGCAGACAUUUGGCGACGCUACCACUGAUAUCCCCGCCAAAUGACGUCUGAGAAACGAGCGCAGAAAUUCCAUGCUGAUGACGCGUCACUUUCCAGAUCUGAUUGGUUGAAUAAAAUUUCCCACGCGGCACAACCAAUCAGAAAUCAGAAGCACUACUCAGAUCUGGGUAGUGACGUGACAUCAGUAUGGAAUUUCUGCGCUUGCUUCUCAGACGUCAUUUCGCGGGGAAACGUCGGCUGUUUUUUCAGGCUAUGCAAGUUUGCAUUCCACAAAAUGAAGUAGCUUUCUAAAAGGGAAAAGGGAAAAGUUGUGAAUCGAUCAAGCUUUUUGCACUUACUAGUUAAUUAGUCAAUACAUACAACAAAGUUUAAAGAGCAAUAUUUGCUUUGUUUUCGUUUAGUCGACACUAAGCCCAGCGUAAGACCUGUCACGGGCGGGUUUUUAACAAGCACAGAAGGAAAGGGAAUAUGUAAGUAAAUAAGUUAUAAGUAAAUAAGUUUUAGUUUUAAGUAAAUAAGUUAUUCAUCUUUAUUUAAGUUACUUACCGUUUUAGUAGAUCUUAGUCUACCCUAAAUGUAUGCAUUUCUAAUUGUUUAUUGUAAAACUCCGUCCACAUGUAUGAUGAUUAAACUUGCUCCCUCAAGAAAUAAAUAAGAAAAUAAAAAGAAAGGAAAAAAGGUUUACUUUUAUCAAUCGGAUUUUACGACACACACGCUAGAACUUGGAAAAGUCACCGUAGUUUUCAUUUUUUCGUUCAUGGCUAAAGACAACGCUAGCCGUAAUUAGAUUCUUUGCAAUCGUAACUUAAUAAUGUAUUUCAAAACAAAACAGUGGCAUUUAAGUGAUCAGAAGUUUUAGUUGUCCGAAAUACAUCUUCGCGUUCCAGUCUUUAUUUGGUCACAAUGGUUAUAAAAUACAGUUCUCACAGAGUGUAAUGUUGAACGAUUUCUAUACAUUGUUUUUUCAGUGAUUGCACUUUGGGUGUUGGCAGGAAUAUUGACUUCCCUUCUCCUUAUGGCUUGUUGCUAUUACUGUUGCUGGCAUGUAUGCUGCGGAAAGUACGUAUUGGGAAAUGGAAAUUAUUUCACUUUUUUUAAGAUCAUUACUUUACUUUCGACAAUGAAUGCAAGGUUAAUGAGGACGGAAGAGUUUAUUAUUAUUAUUAUUAUUAUUGUUAUUCCACAAUAACAAGUUGAAAUCUCUUUUUCUCGUCGUCUCGAAAACAUCUGACCGUCUUUUUCAAUAUGGCGACCGCAUUAGGUCACACGACCACGCAGGUCAUGUGACAGAAGACGGCGCAUUCGGGCGUGACGUGGACGCCUCAGUUGUGGUUGAGGCACUAGUUUCUUGUCCAUAAUUUGUACACUAUGAAUUCUAAGAAACAAAAAACUUGAUGUACAAGGUUUGUGUUUCCUUAGGAAUCAGUUCUGCGAUGAGAUCUGACCAUUUUUAAACUUCAAAUUCUAGGAAUAAGAAACGAAAAGGGCUUACUCACAGAAUCCUCAUCGAGGGCGAUGCAGACAAGAGAUGGGUAUUGAUGCCUACUGGUAUGGAACCUGGACUAAAUCGUCCUCCGCAAAGUGAAAUUCAGGAGGUGGUUGUUGAAAUUGGAGAGGAAUCAGGCAAACCAUCGGGUAUGGUGUAGUAGUCCUUGAGUAAUUUUAUGUAAUUUCGUGGAUUAGAGGAUAACAAGACGCCCCCUCCUUAAAUUACAUAUUAAAGGGGCUGUGUCACGGCAGUCCAGUUCAUUUUGUUUAAUUUUGACAGUUACUCGCCUUCAAUGGCUAUGGAACUUAAAGUAAGCAAAGAAGUUACUUGCAAAUGACACAAGCAGAGAUUCAAGACAAAGAAAUAUGUCUCCUGAGCAUUAUUUUUGAAGUUGCAAACAGCACGGAUCAACUUUGAAAAAUUGUUAGGCUGAACAGUUUUAAAAACCCCUAAUUUCAAUCCGUUUCAAUCUUCUUCAAUUUUGUCCAUCCGUGGUACUGUAUCUGCAUGUUGUAUCUGCUGUGUUAUUUUAAUCUUCCUUUAAUGUUUGAAGCGGUUAUUUUUACGUUUGUCUUAAUUUAACGGGCAUUUUGUAAUUACCUACUUUGGCUGAAUUUCGUGACACAGCUCCUUUAAUAGCAUUUUAACAGUAAGCUUGGACGUCAGCAUAAAAGGGCGCCAGUAUCAUCUCGUCGGUCGGGCCCGGUUGUUUGAAACCACGACCUCCCGCUCGACAGAGCGGUGCUCUCCCAACUGAGCUAACCGGGCGGCGGUAAAUAAUAAUUAAGGAUAAAGAAACGAUGAAGAGUUGACCGUAACGAGUACCAUAAAAUUGAUUUAUGAACUCAACCUUUGCAGGAGUCAUUCAAUUUGGCGUCGAGGCAGAUCAAUCAAAGGAAAAUCGUGUGACCGCUGAAACUGUUCACUCCGAACUACCAGUGUAUUCGGAAGAAGCUGCUACUGUGGACAGUAAUGCCACUACGCUUAAAAUGGAACCUGCAGAUCCAAGAUACGCCAACCUGACGAAAAGAAAGGCCAAUAGAACCAAGAGUGAUUCAGCAGGUUCAUUCAAGACUCGUGGAAAAAUUAGCUCAGGAUUUCCCAAUGGAGGCUUUGACGGGUAAGUAACCAUUUUGUUCUACUAGACCUGUUGAUUUCACUUGGAGAACUUUGUAAACCUUGUGGCUGGGCAUAACGUGGUUGAAAUCGGCGUUGUAACGAUCACACAGAAAAACCUCCGAGAACUAAAUGGUAGAUCGUACGAAAUAAAGGGAUAUUCUUUUAUUGCGAGAGGCACGUCGCGUACAUUUUUAACACUAUCUGCAUGCUAUGGUUUAGGGUGGGGAAGCUCGCUUGAUUAUAAAUUUUCUAUAAAUGUGGCCAUUUUAAAGGUGCCUAAUUGUACCGCACUCGUUUUAUAAUACGAUCGUCAAGUCAGCAUAAAAUGAUCAGGUUAAAUAUCCCAGCCAUUCUUGUUCUUCCAUUUAACCUUCCUCGCCAAUGGACCUCCAAGUGAGCUCUUUUUUUACUAGGCACUCGUUGCAGUAAUUUUUUCUCUUUAAAUCUUGAUUCUUUCUUUUUUUUUUUCGAUCAGGUCAUCUGAGUGGUUGUCGGAUUCUUUCGAUAACGAUGGAAUGAAUCGUGCCAGGAGUUUGGAUGACCUCGCCAUCGUGGAUUAUGAAAUGUUUGAAGAACGCCGUGGCUCGGAUCAAGGCGCAGGCAAAGGUGGAGACGGUUACAGGAGGAUGAAAGAAACGAGCAGGGAGUCUGUAAACAAGCACCAUGUGGCUAUGGAAGAAAAGGUGUUAUCUUUUAUGUCGAAAAAUGGAGACCAGAACAUGGAGGUCCUGGAAAGUUGGUUUAAUCCUGAUGGAGGAGCCGAAGAACCCCGACAGAACAAAGAUAAAAACGAACCAGUCUAUUCAGCGGUCGGGGCCCAGAUACCCAGGGAUGACCCGGUAUACUCCGAAGUGGGAUCCCAAAUACGUAAAGACGAAUCCAUUUAUUCCGAAGUAGGAUCUCAGAUACCUAAGUAGGGAAAACGUAAGUUCACACCUUUUGUUUGACCUGGAAAAUACGAACGUUUUUGAAGAAAACAACUUAAACAGAUAUCAGCUGUGUUAAUGUAAUCCUUCUUAGGAUAUAAAUUAAACAAACUGACAACAGCAGCUUGAUUAAGAGACAAUUACAAAGCUUUUGGAAAAAUAGAAAAAAAAAAUGUUUAGCACUACCAUUAGUACCAUGAAGUCUUUUAAUUGAUGUAGGUAAUCAUGAUGGAGAAUUAUCUCUGAUAUUUCAAUCUUUGCCGACAUUUAUUUUAUAGGCCGGUCGAUUGGGCGAUAUGCCUAAAACAAACGUCUCAAGCUAAAAAGACACUAUUUUUCAAAGCAUGAUUAUCGUGUGCGGACUGUGUCGCGAACGUAUUUUAACCCGGUUAGUAAAGUCUGCGAGACAUUGCCGAUAUCCUUGUUUUAGGCACCCAGCGGAGGCGCAGGCUAUAUCAUGUCUUUCAAUUGAUGAGCACCAACCAUUUCAGUCUUGGUUCGACGUUAUGUCAAGAAAGUUUCUUGGUGAUUGCUCGUUAAUAUGGCUGUUUUGGGUUCUUUUCCCAUAGGUAUUACCACCGCUGGAUAUAAAUCAACUUAAAUUCUGGAUGUUUUCUGAACAAUUAAAGGAAAGGCCGUUACUACCAUGAAGCCUGUUUACAUGGACUGUAAAAUAAGUUGCAUGUGGUAUACCUCAUACUUAUUUUGUUUUAUGAUUUUUUACCAGCCAAAAGAAUAAUAGUUAGUCCAGUGGUUUACCAUUUAACGUAAAGCUUAACUAAGUAAGACAAAGUAUGUUGCAAAAUCGUGGGAAGGAAUUACAUCAGGACCCUAGAAGAGAAAGUCUGCUUUCCUUUUUAUCAUUUUAAACGAUGACAUAGGGUAGCAUAAAAUAGUUCCAGCUGCAGGUAAAUCAAGAGUGAUAGGUGUCUUAGUAAAAAGACAUAGAGAAAAAUAUGUUGUUGUGUUGCUCAUUUGCUGUUUGGGGUUUUUAUAUUUUUGUAUUAUUAUAUAGUAUUUUUGAAAGUAAUCUUGUAUGAGAAAAAAGUAAUUUUGAAAGUAUUUUUUUUCCUUUGAUUUCAUUUUUUUAGGAUUAUAACCACCAAAUCAAAAUGUAUGUAGAAGAAAUAGAAAUAUACCAAAAUUAUGUGAGUUAUCUCCAAAAAGCCCACGUUCGAUGUAUUAAAAUUCUAACAUGACUCCGAGGCUUUAGGUUCAGAAUUGCAAACUUUUCACGACUCCAUUGUCUCGCAAUUCCCAGAACAGAAUUGAGCACAAAGAAAACCAAAACAAAUAUAGAAGAUGACCAGAAACCCUUGGAGUCAUGUCUGAAUUUGAAUAUAUCGAACGUGGGCUAUUAAAUAGUCUCCUACAAGAACCAAAACAGUAU